GGGAGUGCACGCGUCUCGUCCGCUGACUGACUGUAGCGGGGCGAGGCUCCAGCAGUACUGUGUUGCCGGACCUCAGCAACCAUGACAUGUGUGGGGCCCGGCCUCACGCCUGCUGGGACGUGGCAUGACAGCUGUUUAUGACAGUCGUAAACCCGCGUAUGACAUGUCCAUAUUGUGGCGAGAAGGGUCAUUACUGACCCCAAUAUGAAGUGUUUACAAAGUGUGGAUCACCAGCAAUGGAAAUCAUCAAUCUAAAGUUCUGUGAAAUUUGAGUUGAUGCUAAAUGGGAAAAUAUGUGUGUAUUACCGGUGUGUUUAGUGUAUUGUGGGUGUAGUGUAGUGCAGUGUAGUGGAGUAUAGUGACUGUAGGUGAGUGUACGGGCACAAUGAGAGUGGACCUCCUACACCAGGGGCUUCUACACCAGGGGCUUCUACACCAGGGGCUUCAACACCAGGGGCUUCAACACCAGGGGCUGCUACACCUUCACCUCAUACUCCUGUGGCUCUUCACCUUCCCUCGCUCCGUGCUUCCUCUUGAAAUAAAAAAAAUACGGGCCGUGGAGGGCGGGGUGGCGGCUCUACCCUGCGACUUUGAACACAAAGCCGACGACUCUGUGUUCCUCAUCCUGUGGUUCAACGGCAACCUCACCACACCCAUAUAUAACUACGACCUGCGUCCCGGGACAGGAGGAAGCCACUGGGUGGACGAGACUGUCCUUGGAACUCGAGCCCGUCUAGACGUCAGUGCCAGCCCGGCUCGCCUCGUCCUCUCAGACGUCAGAGUCUCGGACGCCGGCCGCUACAAGUGUAGAGUCGACUUCCGCUACGAACCUACCAAGACGACUCGUGUCAACCUUGAUGUUGUAGUGCCGCCCAGGAGCGUGUGGGUGACGUCUGAGGGCCGGACGGUCAAGAGUGUGGUGGGACCUUAUCGUGAAGGAGACAUGGCCGCCCUCACCUGUGUGAGCCUUGGUGGCUCACCUCCUCCUCACGUCGUGUGGUAUCUUGGAGGACGACUCAUCGACAGUCAGAUGGACGAGCCUCCGGAGGAUAACAUGCUCCGCCCGAGGGCCUCUGGGGCGGUGAUUCACGGGCCCUCGGAGCCCCUCACCAGGGCCAACACGCUCAGCUUGGGGCCCUUCACUCGCAGUGACCUCAAGACCCUAGUGACCUGUGAGGUUACCAACACCAACCUCACUACUCCACUCAGCGCUGCUGUUAUGGUCGACAUGAACUUGGAGCCCUUGAGCGUGACCCUGCAGGCGCCGGAGGACCCACUGAGCUACGGAAGGGGAUAUGAACUGGUAUGUGAGGUGAAGGGGUCGCGGCCCCCUCCCACAAUCACCUGGUGGAAGGGUACCACCCGCGUCCAAGGCGCCAGAGAAACGACGACGAGUGACGGGAACGUAACGACGUCGACGUUGGAGCUGACGCCGACGCCUCCAGACGACGGGACGACGGUGACGUGUCGGGCGGAGAAUCCGGCGACGGACGCCGUGCUGGAGCAGUCCCUGGCCCUCGUCGUCUACUACGUGCCGGAGGCUGUGGCUCGCCUCGGCUCAUCUCUCGUACCCAGCAGCAUCAAGGAGGGAGAUGAUGUCUACUUUGAGUGUUCCAUUCAAGCUAAUCCUCGAGCCUACAAGGUCACCUGGCAGCACAAUGGUAGACUGUUGCAGCCCAACAUCACGGCUGGGGUCAUCCUCAGCAACCAGAGCCUGGUCCUUCAGCGCGUCACCCGUCGCCACGGCGGCCGCUACACCUGCUCAGCCUCCAACAUCGAGGGAGAUGGCAUCUCCAAACCCAUCAAUCUGGACAUAAAAUACGCGCCGGUGUGUGCCCCGGGUCAGGUGACGACGUACGGCGUCGCCCGUGACGAGGACGCCGAGGUGACGUGUCGGGUGGCGGCCAACCCGACGGCCGACACGUUCAAGUGGACGUUCAACAACACGGCCGACACCAUAGACGUCCCCGCCGGCAGGUUCACGUCCGCUCCCACCUACAGCAUCAUCACCUACACCCCCGUGACCGAGCUCGAUUACGGCACGCUCCUCUGCUGGGCCACCAACCUUAUUGGUCAGCAGACCAGACCUUGUGUCUUCCAUAUUGUACCUGCAGGAAAGCCGGAUCCACCAGUCAACUGCUCGGUACUCAACCAGACGUCGACCGGCUUCUCGGUGGCUUGCCAAGCCGGCUUUGACGGAGGGCUUCGCCAGGUGUUUCUGCUGCGGGUGGCCCGCCCUGGCACCCAGGGCCAUAACCUCACUGCUGGGGACCCCAUCUUCCAGGUGGGCGAGCUGGAGCCAGAUGCCACGUACCGUCUGCAGGUGUGGGCGGCCAAUGACAAGGGCGCCAGCCCCUCCGUCCACCUGCGGGCCUUCACCACCCACCCGCCCACACACCAGCACACCGCCCACGUGGUGGCAGAGGUGCGGGAGGGCAGCAGUGAUGGCAGUGACCUCGGCGGUGGCACCGGUGGCACCAGUGGUAACAGUGUGUUGGGGCGAGAUCUGGCGGAUGUGCCGGCGUUGGUGUCCGUGGUGGUGGGCGCCAGUGUGGGUGUGCUGCUGCUGCUGCUCCUGCUGGGCCUCCUCGUCCGCCACAGGGUCCGCCGCCCACCACCUCCUCCCGUCCCCCCGCCCACCUGCACCCUCACGCCCACCGCCUCGCCGCCCUCGAUACUCAAGGCCGCCCGUGACCCGCCCGCACACACCUGUGCUCACAGAGAAAUGCAGGUUGAGAGCGAGAGUGAGGUGGAUCCGGACCUCAUAACCCAACACCUGCUUCACUCCACCCUUCCUCACGCCCACGCCACCCUCCCUCACGCCCACGCCACCCUCCCUCACGCCCACGCCACCCUCCCUCACGCCCACGCCACCCUCCCUCACGCCCACGCCACCCUCACGCCCACAGGGCCUCUCCUCCGACCUCCGCCCAGCUACGGUGGAACAGACCAGAGCUACUGUGAGGUACUCCCUCGUGAGGUGGUGGUGGCGGAGAACAUUCAGAACAUGGGAUGUGACACAGAACAUUCAGAACAUGGGAUGUGCCAGAGAACAUUCAGAACAUGGGAUGUGCCAGAGAACAUUCAGAACAUGGGAUGUGCCAGAGAACAUUCAGAACAUGGGAUGUGCCAGAGAACAUUCAGAACAUGGGAUGUGCCAGAGAACAUUCAGAACAUGGGAUGUGCCAGAGAACAUUCAGAACAUGGGAUGUGCCAGAGAACAUUCAGAACAUGGGAUAUAAUAAAGAACACUCAGAACAUGGGAUAUAACAGAGAACAUUCAGAACAUGAGGACCCGCGGUACGCCCACCUUGACCUGGAGGCUGGCAAACAGGUCACCUGGGCGUCAAGACGGUCAAGGGCCGUGCCAACUGUCUAUGCCACCCUUGACACCCGCCACUCAAGCACCCGAGUGACCUUUGACCUCAGAGAGGCCCACAGUCAAGCCAGCCUUGACAGGUCGCCGGGUCAUGUCCUGGCCUACAGCGACGACUCCUCGCUUGACCUGAACUACCACCACCACCACCACCAGCACGACCUGGCUCGACCACUCCUGGCCGACGACCAGCAGACUGACACCUCACUACAUUAUGUGACGAAGCCAGAGGUGCAGGAUGUAAUUAUGACUGCUUCAUGGCUGGUGUGUGUCAGAAUGCCAUGUGUAGUACAAAGAUUAUUGGACGUAUGCGCAACUGGCACAAAUGUGGAGAAUACUCGAACAGUGUCGAACAUGUUUUCCCAGACCUACACAAAUGAAAGAAUGAAGUACACCAACUUUCAUCCUAUAGAAGAUAGUAUAUACCUCGCUGGUGAAGUAUCCAGUGAACAAGAACUACGAACAAGAAAUACGAACAAGAACUACGAACAAGAACCACUUCUUACCCUAUAA